CUCUGAGGCUGCACGACUCCUGACCUUUUGUCUGGACAGUGCUGAUUGGCCCUGUGCUGAUCACAUGCACUCUCCCAAGAAAACAAAACUCUGUAGCAUAUACAACUGAGCAAGUGCAGCUUGCCCCCAAGGCUCUGUACUAUCAGCAGAUGGAUUGGGCACUAGAAGACAGGAUCAAUCAUCUUUUUUACACAAUGCAGAUGAUUAACCCUGUAGGUUCCACAGUGAGUAUAACAAAGCAUGCUUUACUGAUUAUACAGACUGAUUUGACUAUUGUGGGUUUA